AUGCACUUUCCCAUUGACGGCCCCGGAGGGGAAAUUAUCGAGACGGUUGAGGUCAAUCUUGUCGAUCUUAAAAGCUUGUAUGGCGAACCCGCACAAAGCUUCUACGGACAUAGGAAAUUGAGGUCUUUCAAGAUUUCCACAAAUUACGGAAACUCUUUCCACUUUCAACCUGCGGGGGAUGCGCCAGAUGAGCUUCCGUUGAGACCAAUGGUCAUUGCUCCCGGAACUACCAUUACUGGGUUUUACGCGAGCCAGAAUCCUGAAAUGGGUCUCAUCAGUUUGGGCGUCAUAUCAGAGGUAAUUAGAAGGAUUAGAGAAAGGUGCAUCACCAAGCCAAUUGAACAUGCUUCAUUAGUAGUAAAAAGAAAUAAACGUCAAUCGUGA